AUGGUCACGUUACUGCACCAGACCACGGAUUCGACUCUGCGUCUGAAGAUCUCGUACGUUCAAUGGUUUAAGCUCGCCAAGUUGGUGUUACUACGUGGGGACCAGUUCGCGAUUGUUUCAAGGGUCAAAUCGACGACUGCAAACUCCGUUCAACUCUGGGAAUUUCCUCCUGAUAACGUAUUUUCAAGGGCUUUUCGACACUUUACCAGUUAUGACGCCACAGCGUUUACGACGGCAUCCUUCGAGUUUUGUCUGGAUGAACUUGAAGCUGCAGCGUCGAAUAAAGCCUGCGAGGCUGUUCUGUGGACUCAACGAGACCUCAAAAGACCUGAUAAAACGGUGGUGGAAGAACCUGCGAUUGAACUGGUCGUGUGGAUGUUAGACUCACUGCUGGUUGCGGCCAAGGGCGCUUCGUUAUCCCUUCCUGAACAUUUCGCCAAGAAGGUUCUGCGUCGCCUUCGAUGCUGCCUUGGAACGACGAAUUUACCGCUCAAGUUUGUGGUUAUCCGGACUAUCAGCAGGCUGUUGGCAGUAUUAUGGACUGAUGGGUCUACAACAGACCUCGUGAGCGAGUCUCAACUUGUUGUUGGGGAUUUUUUGUCGGCAGCAAUUCUGCGGCACAGUCGGGAAUUGCUACAAGGCCGUCUGUUCUUCUCGCAGUAUCUCCAAGGUUACGUCGAGCUUCUCCAUGCCCUCCAGCGUCUGUCAGGCUUUAGCGACUCUAAAGGGGUUCAGCACUUGGCUGGAGCCUCACUUACUAGCAGCGGAAUUGGUUCACUGGUAUCUCCUCUGCCUCCUUCUGUACCAACGUAUGCGAAAGCGGAAGGCUGCUCGCUGCUCUUCGACCGCAAGAGAAGUCGGAGCAGUUUAUUGAAUUUCGCAGAGGACGGACUGAGCGUCUCCUACUCGGGGAACGAAGUGUGGAAAGCUGCGUGCGCCGGCGUGAGUUUCUCCACGGGCGUGCACUCGUGGAUGGUUCGCAUCGACAAGUCGAGCUCUCCCUAUCUCUUCGUGGGCGUCGCGUCGCGUCAGGCCAACCUCGACUCGUUCCUCGGAGCUGACGAGCAGUCCUGGGGGUUCAUCGGAGACAAGGCGCUCUACUACCAGCGCAACCGCGUGCGCGCGUACGGCGAGACGUUCACUGAGGGCGACUGCAUUGGCUUGCGGCUGGACUGUGAGAAGGGCGAGUUGGCUUUCAGUAAGAACGGAGUUGACCUCGGUGUGGCUUUCGACAAUAUCGUGGGGGAGGUGUGUCCCGCGGUGGCGUUCUACUCGAGACACCAGAAGAUUUCCUUCGUCAAGGACAGUUGCGUGAGUUGCAGCGGCACUGGAGACUUUACCAUAACGUCGACGGGGGAGGACGGUAGUGCGAGCGUAGAGGACUGUCUCGUCGCCUGCGAGAUCAUGUCCAACUGGGUGGCGAACCGUCCGAUGCGAGCUGAAAUAGCCUCCGCGGCGUGUAAAAUGACAGCGGAAUGGUUCGCUGGGUCCACAAAGUUCGUCACUACUCGGUCGGGGAAGUCCUUGUGGGUCGACGUCACGCACGCAACGUGCGGACAGCUUGGGUUUCACGCGGAGGACCGAGUUCGGACGCCUCGUGGUAAUGGGGUGGUCGUGGGUGCUGCCGCCGGAAGAGUCUGGGUGGAAGUGGACAAUGAAACUGGAGCUUGGUUUGUCCACCCGUCGAAGCUGCGAGUGCUGAAUAUGGCGAACUUUACGACGACCACGCUGCCCACUCCUCCUACCGAGUCUCCUAUUGUAUCUAUAUAUUCGGUCUCGUCUGGAGAUAUCGUGGGCACUUCGACUUUUAAAGAGCAGACACCGUCAUUUACGCUGUCAGCGGAGGAGCUCAUGGAGUAUGGGGAGCAUUCACUAUGGAGUCUUCCGGUGGACAAGGAGCUGCUGAGCGUCGUCGAUGAUUUCUGCGAGGUAUCGCGGAUCAGUCCGUGGAAUUUGACACCGAAGCAGCUCCUCGAUCUCGUCAAAGAGAAGGCGUCGGUAUUGGAGCUCACCCCGUUGGUAAACAUUCUGUCGCUACCACAAAACACACUCGAGAAGCUGGUGGUGGCUCGUUUUGCCCUCCUACGCUUCUGCAACCUGUACGUGACUCGCGCGCUGCCGUUCUUCGACCUCACGUGGCACUACUUCCUGCCCGACUCGAGCUCGCUGCUGUGUCGUCUGGUGUCUCAGUGUCGUGGUAGUCUCUUCGUCUGCGUGAAGAACGCACUGUGGACGGCAUUGAUGGAGAGAACUGCCAACUCACCCAAGAGGGCUGACGACGAGUACGACUACCCGGAAGAUCUGCCGCAGCUGCAGGUAAAUCGGCUGAAAGCUGCAGCAGCCAAGUGCCAUGAAGGAACGAUCAGCAGCCUCUUCCUCUCGCUAUUCGGCCAGGCGUUCGAGGAGCUCCACUUCCUGCCGCUCAAGACGCUGCGGAUGGUCUACUCGCACCCCAUGGACGACGGCCAGCUACGCAGCUUCAAGGUCAAGUUCGAGGGCGAAGGCGUGGACGACUACGGCGGCCCGUACCGAGAGUUCUUCUCCCAGUUCUUCGCCGAGUUGCAGAUGUUGCACGUACCAGAGACUGACAACGCCGACCACUCAGCGAACGGUGGACCCAGCAGUACGUCCAUGAAGUUGGAUCCGGGUGUCUCGGUAUCGGAGUGCGUAUUACCGUUCCUCUUGCCAAGUCCCAACUGGCGGAACGGAGUCGGCGCGAACCGGGAGAAGUUCGUACUCAACGGAGCGUUGAUCAGCCGCCACCUGGGCGACAACGGCAAGCAGACCCGAGCUUCACCGGGAGAAAGCGCCGAAGAGAAGCGCCAGCUCUACUGUGAGAUGUUUUACUUCCUCGGGCAGAUGAUUGGCACGUGUCUGCGCACUCGUGUGUGCGUUCGUCUGGACUUGGCCAUGUCCGUCUGGAAGCAGCUCGUAGCCGAGGACGACUCGAACGUUGAGAGCGCGCUGGAGACGCUAAAGGAGAUCGAUUUCGUCGCGUAUUCGCUCUGGAAGACGCUGCGUGGCAUCUCGGACGAGCUUAGACACACUGAGACUGCCUCGCCAAAGCGUCGGGAGUUGGAGGAGCAGCUGGAGGCUAUGGACCUGGUAUUCACGACGGUGCUGUCGGACGGACGGACGGUCGAAUUGUGCGACGACGGCUCCAACACUGCAGUGAUCUCGGCCAACUUGGACAACUACCUGGACGCGAUGCUGCGAGCGCGGAUGCAGGAGACCCAGGAGGUCAUGAAUAUCGUCAAGCAAGGACUGCACUCCAUCAUGCCCGUGUCUGCGUUGGCGCUUUUGACGUGCACGGAGCUCGAGAAGCGGAUAUGCGGGGUCGCCGAAGUGGACGUGAAGCUGCUGCAGGCUAAUACCGAGUACGAUGAGGAGCUGUCGCCCAAUGACGAGUUCAUCCAGCGGUUCUGGCGCGUGCUGGAGAGUCUCGAGUCCGAGGACAAGCGCGCGUUCCUGCGGUUUGUGUGGGCUCGCUCGCGUCUGCCGUUGGGCUCUGCGCAGUUCCACCAGAAGUUCAAGAUCCAAGCGCUAGCGUCCUCGGGGAUUGGAGACGGAGGCAGCUCAGCUGGAGGGUCGACUGCAGGCUGGAUGGACUCGCAGAUGCCCAAGUCGCACACGUGCUUCUUCGCGCUGCAGCUCCCGCGCUAUUCAAGCGACGAAAUCUGCAGAGAGCGACUAUUGUACGCUGUUCGCAACUGCGUUGAAAUGGACGGAGACUUCCGUCUUGCAGACACGGAGAUGACGGGGUGGACAGGUAUCAGCCCCACAGAUCAACUACGUAUCUAGAAUAAA